AUGGAGUCUUCGCAGUCUACUUCGGAUGUCGCUAUAAACGCUCAACAGAGGCACGAACAAAAAUUGCAUCCCAAAUCCACAGAGACCGGCGACGGCCAAAUACAACCAGACGAAGAAAAAAAAUGUACAGCUGAACCAAUGGACUCCAAGAAAUCUGUCUACGCCGGACUCGGCUGGCUCGACCGUCUUCUCGCACUCUGGAUUUUGCUUGCCAUUAUCAUUGGCAUUUUGCUAGGCAACUUUGUUGACAGUGUCGGACCAGCAUUACAGCGAGGAAAAUUUGUUGAUGUCUCUGUUCCUAUAGCUGUGGGUCUUUUAGUAAUGAUGUAUCCCAUCUUGUGCAAAGUAAAGUAUGAAUCUCUACAUAGGGUAUUUGCGCAUCGCCAGAUUUGGGUGCAGUUGGCUUUUAGUGUUUUUGUCAAUUGGAUUGUUGCGCCUUUUCUAAUGCUCGGGUUAGCCUGGGCUUUCCUCCCGGACGAACCGGGGUUAAGAAAUGGGCUCAUAUUUGUCGGGCUGGCACGCUGUAUUGCUAUGGUCUUGAUAUGGACUGGUCUUGCCGGCGGCGACGAGGAAUACUGUGCUAUAUUGGUCGCUGUGAAUUCGAUACUUCAAAUGGUUCUUUACGCGCCUCUUGCAAUCCUCUUUGUCAAUGUUAUCAGCCAUGGAGCAGGGAGAUCAGCCUCUUACACGGUCGUUGCACGUAGUGUUGGGGUCUUCCUUGGAAUACCUCUUGGUGCGGCGGUUGCGACUCGAUUUAUGCUCCGUGCUGUCAAUGCCAAGUGGUAUGACCAGAAAUUCAUUAAAUGGAUUGCGCCUUGGUCGCUCAUCGGACUACUCUACACUAUCCUUGUUAUGUUUGCGUCGCAGGGCAAACAGGUUGUGCAUCAAAUCGUCUCGGUUGUCCGGGUCGCGGCACCACUUAUCGUUUACUUUGUUGUUGUCUUCUCUCUGACCCUGUGGAUCACGAAGAAAUUAGGCUUUGGAUAUAAGCUAUCGGCCACGCAAAGCUUUACGGCAGCCAGCAACAACUUCGAGCUGGCGAUCGCCGUCGCAGUCGCAACAUUCGGAGCAAAUAGUGACGAAGCAUUGGCGACAACCGUUGGUCCACUGAUAGAGGUCCCUGUUCUGAUUGCACUGGUCUACUUUGUCAGGUGGAUUGCACCGCGGUGGGGAUGGAAAGAUUAA